GCCGCCGCCAUGGGCAACCAACAUUCCGCCUCACACGCCACUUUCAAGCCCAGGAAAAACGUGCACUGGAAAUCUGCAGGGCGGCCGGCGGUGCCUGGCAAACCUGAUAUCGUCCCGAUAUUAUCGGACGACGAGCCGAACGCGAUUACACUACGAUGGCCAGGAGCGGCUCACGACGGCGGAGCCCCACUACAGGGUUAUCAGGUGGAAUGCAAUCGUUUAGGCUCUGCGGAGUGGAUCCGUACAUCACCACCUUUGGUGCUGCGUCCAGAGCUUGUGCUAACUGGACUGGACCCACCACAUCGGUAUCAGUUUCGGGUGGCGGCAGUCAAUGCUGUCGGUCGAUCCGACUAUAGCGAACUGUCCGAUGUACUCACAGUUAGUUCUGACCGUGGUCUACAGGAGCCGCCUAUCUUCCUCCAGCAUUUGGAAGAUGUGACGGCUCUAGAAAAUGACAAAACAGAGUUUCGCGUCUCCUUCACUGGCGCGCCCGCACCGACGAUAGCCUGGUUUAAAGACGAUUACGAAAUCUUCAGCAGUCGACGAACGGCUAUUACGACGACCGAAGCCUCCAGUGUUCUUGUAUUUCACCAGACUCUGGCCAGUGACGAGGGCGAAAUAAAAUGUACAGCAACAAACCGCGCCGGUCACGCUGUCACGAAGGCUCAUCUCGCUUUGGAGGCUGCACCUAAACUGCGUUACCCGCGCCAGUAUGAAGAUGGGUUGCUUUACGAAAUAAACGAAACUGUUUUCUUAAAAACAACGAUUGUCGGCAAACCGACGCCAACCAUAGAAUGGCGACAUGACGGUCAACCCAUAGCCAGCGACGACCGAAUUGAGAUUACCAAUACGGCGAAAUUUUCUAUGUUGAAAAUACAUUCAGCGCGAAGGAGUGACCGGGGAGAAUAUCAAAUACACGCAAUGAAUGCCAUCGGCGAAGACACGGCAGCAUUUUUGGUGACCAUAACCGCGCCACCGAACCCACCAAGACGCGUGUCCGUCACGCGACAAGUGGACAAGUCCGUCACAUUAGACUGGGAACCGCCUGAAGAUGAUGGCGGAUGUCGUAUUGGUAACUAUGUAGUAGAAUAUUACCGUGCGGGUUGGAACGUGUGGUUGAAAGCGACCACAAGUCGAAAGACAAAUGUAAUUCUUUUUGAUCUAAUCGAGGGGAGCGAGUACCGAUUUCGUGUAAAAGCCGAAAGUCCUUACGGCAUGAGUGCUCCUUCAAUGGAAUCGGCACCAGUCCGCAUCCCCGGACGCGCUGUAGAUCUAGAGUGUCUGGCAGUAGAGUCGCGUAUCAUUAACGAAGAGCUUCUACGGGUGGAAGGCGAGGAACCGCGUGUGUCACCGGCACCGCGUCGAAAGAGGGCGCCCGCUCCUCCUCCAAUGCUGUUUUCCACCGGCCCUGCUGCCGAACCAGUCGCGCCUAAGGUUCCGCGUCGAGCCGUAAGCGUUUCUCCUGCUAGAGACCAGGACGGGAGUAACGAGUUUAUGUUGGUGCUAUACCCUGACAACAAUUUGACUGAAAAAGCAGAAAAGAGAAAGUCGUUCCAACUGGAUUUAGAGGAGGCACUGGCUCCGCCACCCAUAUCGCUGUCAGCGCCGGAGCUGAGUUCGCGGUGCGUGAUACCCUUCAAGGCACUUCGCUACGCAGUAAGCUCUACCGAGCUGCUGCAUGAGCGAGCUAUGGCGCGUUUUUACAAGGCCGUCGCACUCGAAGAGGAACAAACUAAGCAAAAACAAUUAACUCAGUCACGCACUUUCGAACGCAACAACAUUCCGAAAUAUUCAAGCCAAGUUCAUGAGGAGUCUGCAGCUCCACCAGUACGUGAGUCUUUAUUAGCCAAACCUCCUGAGAUAUAUAUUAAAACUGACUCCAUAGAAGACAGAGAAUAUAGAUAUAAUUCACGGCAGGCUUCACAUGAUUCAGAGGUUUCGGAUAAUAAGUGGCAUAUGUCGUUCGACGAAGAUUAUACUGCUAGCACAGUCUCUACCGACGGCGAAUACUCAGAAGAGGAAGAAGGCAGUCUCAACGGAGAUGUACAUAGAAGUGAAUAUGGGAACGAGGAGGAGACGUACAAUCCUAGAGAUAAGUUAGCUCGACCUUCGCCGCUCAAGGAAGAAAUCGAAGAAGAAUCGGAAAGAGAAAUACUUAAACCGUUGCCCCUUCCCGAUCCUAAUUUUAUACCUAAACCUAUAUUAAAGCGUAGAGAAUCAGAUACAAAAGAACCAAAAUUAAGUCAAGAUGAUGAUAUUUCGAAAACAAUAGAAAAAGAAACGGCUGACGAAAAACCAAAGAAAGAGGAAAAAAUUACCUUGUUCAAAAAAUUCACGAAAAUGCCUAUACAAAAACCUUUCCCCUUCCCAAAAAUUUUAACCAAAAAAGAGCCUAAGAAAGAACUAGAAGAUAGCCAGGUACCAAAAGUGGAAACUAUAAAAACUUCAACAACCAAAAAAGAAGAAAAAAUUGAUAAGAUAAGUGAAGAGGGCAGGACUGUUAUAGAUUACUACGGAAAUAUAGUAAAAGAAUUCGGCAGUCAAAAAAAACCAACAAUACCACUUUACCUUAAAACGGAGGAUUUAAAAGCCGUUGCUGAAAAACAACAACUUGAAAAAAAAGGUAAAGAAGGCCAAAAAAAAGUUAUGAAAUCAAAGAAAACAAUAUGCAAUAAAGUAACCCCCAUUAAGGCAACAGGUGCUAAUAUCAAAACAGCUAACUCUAUCGAUAAGCCGACAAGAUCAAAACAGGUGCAGAAACUAGAUAAAUCUAAAUUAGAAAGUAACGAUAAGCAUGUGUCGAAAAUAAACGAUAUUCUUGCGAAUCCAAGCAAGAAAGAUAUACAGCAAAUAGUUUUGAAAACUACAGAAAGAGCGACAAUAGUUAUUCCUAUAGAUUAUAAGGAGCUAGAGGAAAAGGCAAAGAUGAAUGUUCGUUCGGCUAUCGACUACAUGGUUGAUAUGUGCCUGCUAAUGCUCGCGUUUUGGGUUUACUUGUUCAAAGAUGAGAGACUAGCUAUCCCCUUCCUUAUUCUUAUCAUAUAUCGUCAACUUCAAGAAACACUAUUAAUGGAUAUCCCCGAGUGGGUUAAAAACCAUACUCCUACAUGGCUAAAGAAGAAGACUUCUUGACCUUUUCCAAAAGACAAAUUGUGUAAAGUUUGAAUGUGAACAUUGUACUCGUGUGUUGUAAGAUAUUGUGACUGUACUUAUUUUAUUUUAAUUUUAAUAUAAACUUACUCAUUAAAAUUAGAGUUGUAUUACCGUU